AGGAUUUACUUUUGAUAUUCAGCUUCCUCCCAAUUUUCUUCGAUUAGUAUCGCAACAUCACUAUUCCCACGCAAGAUUUGGCCUUAAACAACGCAUUCCUAUCUUACCAUUCCUGAAACUCUCAUUGAGAGCUAAAGGUAUCGUAUCGAGCAUUUGCGUCCGAAAUUGGUGAGAGAAAAUCCCGAGGCCGAGCAAGUGAGCCCUCUCACCGAUAUGUCCGCGUGCUCUCCAACAAUAUGGCAAGUGAAAUAAAAUGGAAUAAAUAUGCUUGAUUUGCUUGAAGAGCGACAUAGCUCCAGGGGAAGAAAAGAGGAGAAAGUUUGACAGCUUUGAAACGGGCGAAAGAGGUUCAGUCAUAUAGUGUCCUGUCACUACCGCUAAGUCCUUCGAUACUUUCUAUGCCCCUUAUGACCGCCCUUUGACAAUAGUCGGGUCUGCGUUGCCUCCAAAAUAUUCGCCUGGUCUUACAGACUUUAUGGCGAAGUUGAAAAUUACUCGCCAAAGGAGUCUUUUGCGAGUUUAAACUAGCGGAGGAGUGGCGGAAAAAUAUCCAGCAAAAGAUCCUUGGUUAUAUCAAGCGAACUUAUACUCCACCUUACACAGCACGCAGCGUAAACCACCCUGCGAAAGAAAUAAAAGCCCAAUGAAAUAGGAUAUACACGCUUUCCAAUUAUCAAAGCCAACACCCGCCCGGUUGGACGACUACUAUUGGCGAAAGGCCGGAACGCUAGGUAUCUCAACUAACAAUAAAGAAAACGCAUACAAUGCAAUUAACGUCCAUAAAAUAUAUGUAACCAGACAGGAAUACAAUAUGUUAGGGCGGCUGAUACCCUUGAACAAAGCGGAUUCGCACGAAAGGCGGCCAAACUAGGACGAACUCGGACACUUCCACCGGACAACCUGUCUCCGUAAGAUGGUUGGCUAGAAAAGAUUAUCUUCGGGGUAUCCGACUCUAAUAUCGAUCGCGUCAUGUUACACUCCAUUUGAAAACUAAUAAAACGACAAUUUGGCUAGAGACCAGGGCCAUUUGCGUUGAGACCUUAACCCCACGGCGUGGAAGAUAUCACUAACGAGGAAAACUGGCAAAUUUCACGUCAGUUCUUCAAGGUUCUGGAGGGUUUUCGGUCCAAUUAUAUAGUCAUAUCAUCUUCUCCCACAUUCCGCACUGGCUGUGGGUCCACGUGGGACAAAGGAAAGGGAUCAGAUUCAGUGAGCUUCUUGAGAAGUAUGCAUCACUACUAGUGCAGAUCUCUUCUCAGAGCCGCGCGAUAGAGUAUUGUCUUGAUACAUAGGUGAGUACUGACCGGGUUGUCAAUAGCUCAAGUAUAGUAGGUAGAUCGAAGGCGAUGAAUCGAAGCACCCCGCAUAAUAAUGAUUUAUUGGUUUAACGUUAUUCAUUGGAUACACAUUCGGUUUAGCCGGUGAGGUGGGUAGCGCAUUUCUCGGUAUAAAACAACAAUAGCUCGAUGCUCAUCGCAUUCAUAACGCAUACCAGCGAUAUCUCGGUCGUUGUACCAACGACCUAGGCACAGCUGCGGAGCUUUCCAUCUUCAUCAUUUAGCACGCCCGUUUCCGUUCCCGUUGGGACGAAUCCAGCUCAUACCCAAUCGCCAAGUGCGAAGAGAUAACAUCGCAGUGUUACAGUUGUCCACGGCUUCUAGCUAGCUUGGAAAUGGAUGUACACGUUACACUAGCACCUCCCGUGAGGUUGAGCUCUGUGGCCAUGGCAUGCCGGGUUGCUGGAAGGCAUAGCACGUUCAGCACCCGCCAUGCCGAGAGGACUCUCAACACAGCCAUAUAUCUCAAUGUUAUGGCAUUCGGCACCGAGACCGAGAAGAUUGCUUUCCGUAACUUCGUCACAACCACACUUAAACCCGUCAACGACAAUAAGACCAACCAGAGCUAUGACGCCAUGGAUCCCCAGCUGCAGCUUUGGAUCGCUGUAGUUGCUUAUGUGACCAUGAUAGAAAAAUACGAGACCAUCGUUGGCCCAUUCUCCGAAGAAGAGCGUGAUCAAGUCUACCAACAAUUCUCUAUAUUCCCCCACCGCCCUUCAAGUCCCACCAUCCAUGUGGCCGGAAAACGGCUCAGCUUUCAAACACGACGGAAGAACUGCCCGCCGAUGCUACGGACUCAAGAGCACGUGGUGGUUAAGAGCUCGAUUGAUGUAUCCUCUUUACCCGAAACUGGUCAGGACAUGGCAGAGGGGUUGUCACCUCUGGCUGAUGAGGCAGAGGUUCUUGAAGAGCGGGCUGGCGCAAAAUGGAAAGCUGUCUCUGGAAGCUUUAGCGGGAAAAAAGACAAAAAGAACGUGAAAAUAGAGUCGUGA